CACAAUCUUAGCCUAACACAGCUGCCUCCCUCUUUCUUUCUUUCUCUGGUCUCUUCUUUCUUCUCCUCAUACCCAUUUCCUUUUCUCCCUACCAUCUUCUCUCAUCAUCUUGCUCGAAGUUGACUAGUCGGUGGGCUAGGCUUGCAGCGGGAGAUGGGAUGGACGGUGGCGGGAUGGACGGCAUGCUAGGCUUAUGGCGCGGGAUGGGUGCGCGAGGUCUCGGACGAUGAAGGACUAUGGUACCAAAUUAUGUCGACCACAGGACUCCCUACACACAUUCUUUUGUGCUUAUGAUAUUGAAAAUGAAUACGGAAAUAUUGAAGGGAAGUUUGGGCAGAAAGGAAAGGACUACGUUAAGUUGGCAGCAAAGAUGGCUUUAAGCCUUGGUGCUGGGGUUCCAUGGGUGAUGUGCAUGCAAACUGAUGCUCCGAAUGAAGUUGUAAGGUUUUAGCCAAUGCUUUAAAUUUUCUGAACUUAUAUAUUAUGGCUGUAAGAAUGUAUAGGGACAGGUGAAACUUUGUUGAAAUUUCUGUGUUUCUUUGACUGUGAUACCCAAUCAGUUGUUGUGUUUAUUUCAUUUUGGUUGUGGGAAUGAAGUUUUUUCUGACUAUGUAGUUGAUGUAGUUAAGGUGUUUGGUUAAAUGUUUGAAUGAAAAAAUGAAAGCUAAUGUUAUUGUUUUGGCAUCAUCUACUCUUUCUAG